UUUUUUUCCCCUCAUUUAACAUGCCUAAUUCAGCUUCCAUGUCAACCUAUACUACAAUGAUGCGAGUCAAUUCAACAGGACGACCUUAUGCAAAAGACCUUUAUGAUCUAUUUGCUGCCUUACUUAUUCAACUGCCAUUAUCGGAUCAUCGCUCCUUAUUUCGAACGUAUCCUUCUACUUUCACGACAGACGAAGCAGUUGAAUGUUUAGGAAAUUUGGAAUUCACCAAUCUUGUUUCAACACCUAAUCCCUUAGAUGCCACUAAACCAUUACUCACACGUACCACCACUACUUUUAGUAUGUCUCGAGCCAUGGCCAAAACAUUAGGCCAGCACUUUAUCAAUGCGCGCCUCGUAGAGAAUGCAACCGAUCCGCAAAAUCGUACUAUGAAAGACCGCGGCAUUUGGGUUCCGACACCCAAAGGCAAAUUUGUGAUUCAGGACUUUAGUCAUCGUGCCCGUGUUUCUAUCAAACAUAUGCAGCCCCAUUUAUCCCGCAUUCAUAGUUUUCAUAUUGUUCAGUUUGAACGAUUGUUAGAUGAUGAUCAAAUCUCAUUUUCUAGGCCAAAUAUCAUGGACGCCUUCAAGACCAUGAUGGAAUGGCUGCCUACAGAUACUCUGAUGAUUGAUGAUAUUGGCGGAGUAAACAACAACAAUCUGAUCGAAUACAAAGAUACGUUUUUUGGAUAUCAAUGCUUUGAAUGGAUUAGUGAAUACACAAGCGUUGUUUCAAAAGAAGAAGCUGAGAUGAUCGCGGCUGAAUUUGUACAAUAUGGAUGGAUGCUUCAAGUACUAGAUAAAUCAGAUAGAGAAUUAAGCAAGAAAGACAUGAGUGUGCUUUUUAAGGCAGGACGAAAGACACAGUAUUAUCUUACAGACAAAGGUCGCCAGAUGAUUGAAUCCACAACCAACCUUCAAAGCUUUCUAAAGGGAGAAAGCAGUGAAGGAGGUAUGGGCGCUCCUACUUUUCGAUCAAGAACACAAAGCUCUGCCACCACAAGUAGCAGUAGCAGUAGUAUAAGAACCAAUCAUAGUAAUAGUAGUCAUAUUCACACUCAAAAACCACUUCCUUCCACUCCUUUUAAAACCAAAAAAGAAGAAUAUGCAAGCCGUUUGUUGCCUACAACAGCCGUGACUCCUUUAGCUGAAUACGAUGGUAUUGUACCAAAGGCUCUUGUGACAAAACAGAAUCCAGUACCUACUGAAGAAACACAUGUUCAAGAUGUUCAACUGACUGACCAUACAUUUGGCUUCUCUUCUGAUUCAAAUGAUAUUCAUGCAGAUACAUAUGAAGUCGAAAAGGAACUUGAUAAUCUAAAGAUCCAUGCUCCUGAAUCACUAGAAUCCAAUCCUUCUUCUAUUGCAGAUCAUUGUCAUCCACAUACUGUCUCACAGAACUCUCGUCUUCAAAGUGUACUAGAAGACCCAUUGAUUCGCAUGUAUUUUAGAGACUUUUUAAAGUCUUGCUUUUGUGAAGAAAAUAUCAAUUUCUGGGUUGAUUAUACUGCUUUAAUCAAAAAACUAGGCUAUGUUGUAGAAGAAGACCAGCCUAUGACAGCACAACACUUGCAAAUACCUGAUAGUUUGUGCAAUACCUUAUUGAUUCAUUGCUAUGUCAUUUACAAUACUUAUUUUUGCCCAGAUCAUGCACCGAACGAACUCAAUAUUGAUCACGGUCUUCGCUAUGAUAUUAUACAGUACAUGCAAUCGACAUUCACAAAUACUUUUACAGAUGAUAGUGAUGACGAUGCACUUAAAAAAUCAAUGGCUGCUGAUGCUUCAAAUGUACCUUUUGGCUCUAUCUCUGUCUCGUCUCAUGGUCUCUUGUCUUCUACACAAAAUGCACCUUUUGUCAGAAGAAAGAAGAAGAAUGACAGCCCCAUGAAUAACAGCAAUGGCUCCUUGUUUUUGACUAUUAAAGAAGGCAUUCGGGAUAGUCCUCAAGUGUGUCUAUUUAAAUUGAUGCAGCUGUAUGAUCAAGUCAAUAAUCACGUUUGUCGUACAAUGGCUCAAGACAGUGUUCCUCGAUUUAUAAAGACACAGCGUUAUCAAGAUCUAAUGAAAUCUUAUUAUCAAUCUUCUGUAGAUAAAAUCAAGGAAAGUGAUGAAGAAAACGAAGAUAGUGAUGAUUUAUCCUUAUGAAAUAUGCGUGUGUAAAUAAACUUUGUAAUCUUUUUGUGAC